AUGCCGCGGGCCAUCGCUCGCUGCCUCUUCCCGCGCGACUCUGAUCCCAGCUACGCCGAGUUGCCGGAGGAGCACUACACCUUCCGCGUGCUCAACCGUCUCCAUCACAAGGUUCUGACGCCGCUCCGUCGGAUCCUCCGGCUCCCGCAGGUGUACAUGACGAGCUCCCGCCGAUGGACCGACCUGCCCUACGCCAAUGUGGCGAUGCAGCGUUACAAAGCCCACGCCGACACCAUGGCAACAAGGCGGUUCACAAGGUUCGAGGCGCGGGGUAAGGUGGUCAAGCUCACAGGCACAGCAGCCCUCCCAAAGACGGAGCGGCAGUGGUGCCGUUUGGUGGACAGCCUCCGUGACAAGAAUCUGCUUAGCAACUGCAUGGUGUUCUGUGACAUGUCCAAGAGCAUGGACGGCACGCCCAUGGAGGUGAGCGCCGCUCUGGGCUUGCUCAUCUCACAGCUUGGGGAGUACCCGUGGGAGGGCCGGGUUAUCACGUUGAACAACGAUGAUGAUGAUGAGGAACCCCAAAUCACUAAGAUAAGAGGCAAGACCCUCCUGGGGAAGCUGAGCUUCCUACACAAGAUGCAAUCUGACGAUGACUUGAGUAUCGACUUCCGAGCGCUGUUCAACUACAUGUACGAGUACAUUCUUGACAAGGCCAAGAAAUUGAAACUGGACCAGGAUAACAUGAUCAGGAGCGUCUUUGUGUUUACCGACAAGGAGUUGGAUGAAGCAUGGGUGAGCCCAUGGACCCAAGACUACCGGGUGUUCUGCCGUCGCUUCAAGGAAGCCGGUUAUGGUGCUAUGUCCUUCCUCGAGAACAACGGUGUGGUGUACCCGGAGGAUGAAAUGUCCUCAGCUCUUGACAGGGAUGAGUUCAAGAACCUUUCCUUGUUCGACUGA